AUACAGAGCACAAGUAGUGAUAAGCGUUAGACUGACGGCUGUGGUGGUGGUGGCGGAGUGCUAACCAAAACGACUACUGGAUCAGGAUGAGGUUAUUCGUGGCGAUUAUCCUAGCCGCCGUUAUUCUCUUAGUUUUUGCGUUAGGUAUAUUUUUGCUUAUCCCGUUCCCAAUUGCCAUAUUUCAGUCUAUUGUUGACUCGCAAGUUUAUUUGCAACAAAAAUCAGAUGGUCAACUCCCAACGGGUACAUUUUACUGGUCGAAAAUCCCUGCAGUUCAAAUCUGGACGUUUCAUCUUUUCAACGUUACAAAUCCUGAUGAAGUACUCUAUUAUGGCGCCACGCCAAACAUGCUUGAAAUCGGACCAUAUACCUACACCGAGACGGAAUUCAAAGACUUCACGCAGUUCCGGGACAAUGAUAACGAAAUUUUCUAUGUGAACAAUAAAACAUGGGUUUAUGAUCCAACAAGAUCUUGUGAAGAUUGUAAAUUAAGUGAUAGUGUUCAAUUUGCCAAUACUGCUUACAUGAGUACUGUUUUCAUGCAAAUCUAUCAACCUGCUGGGCCUAUUGUCGGUUUUGGUUUGGACGUUUUAACAAUUUUGCUCGGUGAGCAGCCACUCAGAACAGUUACUGCUGGCGGAACUCUUUUCGAUGGCUAUAAUGAUCCCCUUAUUACUUUGAUCAAUAGUCCGCUAGUAAAGGUACUGCUAUCUGUUUUGGGAAACCCCGUACAACUGCCACAAGUUCCGGCAGCAGGCUUUUUCCCACAUUACAGUCAUACUUGCGACGGAAACUACACUAUUCGAACGGGAAAAGAUAAUACUGACUAUGUUGGUCAAAUCAAAACAUGGAAUGGUCUUACUCAUCUACCAUGGUGGAAAACAGAAGAUACUAGUGAUCUUCGGGGAACUUGUGAUGGAACGAUUCAGAAGCCUGGAAUUCAAAAAACAGACACAGUCGUCCAGUUUCAAUCAUUUUUGUGCAGAAAAUAUAAUCUUCAUUAUCACGAAAGCAAAACAGUCAAUAGUAUUCCAACGUACGGGUUCAAGGUGGAAGACGAUUCAUAUGACGCCAUUAAAAAUCCCGGAUAUCGGUACGAGAACUUUGAAAAAGUUAAUUAUUUCCCCAACUGGCCAUGUGGUCUCAACCAUACAAAACAAAACAAUGGAAAUUGUGCAUUGGUAGAUUGUAAUCAAUAUGACAAUUUCUGCAACGCGUGCUGCGACGGAUCACACGUCAAUGGAACAUACGUUAUGCCACCAGGAAUGGUCCCGCAAAGGUGCUUGCCAGGACAAAUGGUCCCAACACCAUUUGGUGCAAUUCUCUCCGCCCCGCAUUUUUACGGAGCACCAAAAGUUGUCACUGAGUCUAUGGUUGGUAUUCAUCCAGACCCAGAACUUCAUCGACCAGGAACGUUUUAUAUAAAUCCCGCAACGGGAAGUACAAUUGGUGGUGAAUUUAGAAUGAUGCUUUCAAUUCCAGUCUUUCAGUCAUUAGCCUGGACAUUAAUGUCAAAUGCUCCAAAUGCGAUAAUGCCAUCCUUCACAUUAACCAUCGGUGUAGUUAUGAAAGACUACGCUGUCAACUACAUUUACUUCAAUACGGUGACGAUUCCCAAUAUCGUUCUGGGACUCGGAAUCGGUUUCACAGCAGUGUCCCUGAUUGCAGUCCUCCUUUGGGGAUUCUGUUAUUUCAGAUCAAAGAGGAAUGCAAAACCAUUUGUUUUGCAACAACAUAGGACAGAACCUACGUGGAGUGUCGCCGAAUAGUUCAAAUUAAUAACGUUUGCAUUGUUUUCAAAACUGAAAAUUGUAAAGUUCAUUUCUCAACUCGCAUAAAUAAUUCACACUAUUAUCAUAUUUACAAUAAAGCUAACUAAUCGU